AUGCCGCAUGUGUGCCUGAGUGAUGGACUGGGUAUUUACAUAAGCCACGCUGGGCUGCACUUGGAGCGCAGAGAGCAGCUCCGGAGACGCCGCCCCUCGCCUAGCGGGCCCAGCCUGGCCCGGGAUCUGGGGCCGACCUCCCUCCCCAGCCUUCUCGGCUCCCGCGAGUCGGCGAACGGCCUGUCUUUCGAGUACGACUACGUGAGCUUCCAGUCGGACGUGGGCGCCUACCCCAGCGGGCGCUUCUACACCAAGCCGCCGCAGUGCGUGGACAUCCCGGCGGACCUGCGGCUGUGCCACAACGUGGGCUACAAGCGGAUGGUGCUGCCCAACCUGCUGGAGCACGAGAGCAUGGCCGAGGUGAAGCAGCAGGCCAGCAGCUGGGUGCCGCUGCUCAAUAAGAACUGCCACAUGGGCACGCAGGUCUUCCUGUGCGCGCUCUUUGCGCCCGUGUGCCUGGACCGGCCCAUCUACCCGUGCCGCUGGCUCUGCGAGGCCGUGCGCGACUCCUGCGAGCCAGUCAUGCAGUUCUUCGGCUUCUACUGGCCCGAGAUGCUCAAGUGCGACAAGUUCCCCGAGGGCGACGUCUGCAUCGCCAUGACCCCGCCCAACGCCACCGAAGCCUCCAAGCCGCAAGGCACAACGGUGUGUCCUCCGUGUGACAACGAGUUGAAAUCUGAGGCCAUAAUUGAACAUCUCUGUGCCAGCGAGUUUGCACUGAGGAUGAAAAUAAAAGAAGUGAAAAAAGAAAAUGGUGACAAAAAGAUUGUCCCCAAGAAGAAGAAGCCCCUGAAGCUGGGGCCCAUCAAGAAGAAGGACCUGAAGAAGCUUGUCCUGUACCUGAAGAACGGGGCUGACUGUCCUUGUCAUCAGCUGGACAACCUCAGCCACCACUUUCUCAUCAUGGGCCGGAAGGUGAAGAGCCAGUACCUGCUGACGGCCAUCCACAAGUGGGACAAGAAAAACAAGGAGUUCAAGAACUUCAUGAGGAAGAUGAAGAGUCAUGAAUGCCCCACGUUUCAGUCGGUGUUCAAGUGAUUCACCCGGGCGGGUUGGGGAGGGAGCGCGGGGUUGGGGGGGUGGACGCGGCAGGGGUCAAAGGAAGACCCCAGCCCCGGGGGUCACACACACACUGCUCCUGUCAGUAGUGGACAUUGUAGUCCAGUUGGCUUUGUUCUUGCAGUAUCCCACCCCCUCCCCUCCACACCCAUGCCCAGACCCCAGAUAGCUAUGGCUGGCAAGGCAAGGGCCAUGUAGAGUAGGAAGGCUUUUCAGUUCCAAGGCAGGUCCUGGGCCAGAGGGAUGCCAGCCAUUCUUACUGGAGGUGCAGCCACAACAAAAGAAUAUUUUUACCAGCAAGAAAAAAAAAGUGGGGGGAAAGGAUUGGACAAAAAAUGAGGGACAGCAGCAAAAAUGAAAAUGAAAUUUUGUAACUUGUUGGAGUGGGUCUAUUGGCUGAUCCAUGUCUCUGGAGCUAGAAAAUCCUAACUCUUGGUAAGUCAUGUUGCUUUUAAUUUUAGAAUCGUUUCUCUUUCUGUCUGCUUUAGAGAGAAACAGACACAUGUCACGCUUAACGAUUAAGGUCAGUUCCAGAAAGUCAUAGGUGCAGAAGACAAAAACAAGUGCAUUAUCAAUAGUGACAACAAACUGGAAGAUAGUCAUCACCUGUAUUGCCUGUAGUCUUCCCAUGGGCUUGUCUCUGGAUGUGGAUUGACUUGUCUCAGGUGCCCUGUGGGUGGCAGUUCCCAAAGGCCCAGGGUGUGACCUUACCUCAGACAUACGGAAGGGCGGCCGGAGCCCCACCAGAGUGUAAGGGAAAGCACAGUGGGCAUGAGAGAGAUGGCAAUUUUCAGACUGAGAAGGCGAUGGCUAGUGGUUUUCAAAACACAUAGUCAAAGAAGAAAAUACAGUCUUUCUAGAACAGUCCAACAAGCUGUGAGUCAGGGUGAAUUGUGAAAUUAGGUGACAAGCCUGGCAUUCUUGCUUCAUCUGUUUGCUUGUAUCACAAUUUUUAAAGAUCAGCAACAAAAGCCUACUUUUCAAAGUUUGAAAGAAAGUCUACCAUGAGCCUUCAAAAGGUGUGCUGAGACAGGGUCUCUUGAUCCAGUCAAGGCUGCUUCCCAGAGGAGAGGCUCUCUCACUGGGCAUUUCCAGUGGGAGGCGGAUGUGCCUGAUAGCAGGGCUGGGUGGUCUCCUUCCCAAGGCGUUCUUGGUUGCCCUACUAUCCCACACAACCCUAACAAAACUAAUUGUGCUUUUCGUUCUUUUAUUUGUAAAGAAACAGAUUCCUUUA